AGAGAGACCUGUGUCUAGUUGUUGGGUCUCUGAAGGGUGGGGCUUGUGGGAUGUGGUCAAUCUAAAUUGUCAGCAAUGGGUUCCAAGCUUCUUCUGCAUAUCUGUGUCCUCCUGUGCCUUGGCGGUUAUGCAUCUGCAGAGGAUCCAGGCACGGACUUUGCCUUCGUCUUUAUGCAGAACUUCCUUCCCGAUGUCGGGGGCCUUCGUUUAAACGUUCUUCUCACUGCGUUCUUCCCUGACACUCAAGCCACCAUCCAAUUACCAAACAAAAAUUACAGCCAGGUUGUCCCACUAGCACCUAAACUUCCCUUGGAGUUUGAGCUGCCAGCGGAAACGGAGAUUCGAUAUUCCACCAGAUCAAAUGGCAUUGUACGCAUCUCUUCGAACAAACCAAUAUCUGUAGUGGCCACCAACAGCAAGCAUUACAAAACCAGUGUAAUGGUUCUUUCUCCGAUAGAGGAUUGGGGAACGGACUAUUAUGUUAUGACGCCCAUUAUUGGACCUGAAGAUUCAAUCCAACAGAUGGCAAUAGUUAACGGUCCUCAAUCCAACGUUGCCUCCAUCCUUUUGAAGGGAACGGUUGAGUUUGAGAACACAAUAUACCUUGCCGGAGAACAUCUCAAUUUCACUCUAAAUCCCUGGGAAACCGUGCAGCUCCAAGCCAAUGGAAGUUUGACUGGGAGCCAUGUUCUGUCGCAGGAACCCGUAGCCUUAUUUUCAGGGCGUACAUGCUCUGAAAUGCGUGGAAGUUGUCAAGCUUGCUUUCAACUUCCUCCAGUAUCUGCUUGGGGUUCUAAAUUUGUGUCCCCACCACUGCCUUUCCAAAAGUUUUCAAGUAAAAUCUACAUUCUUGCGGCAACCAAGACCCUAGUAUACCUUGUAUGUGGAUUCAACACGACCGAUUUGAUGAUGAUGCCUGGGGUGGUAAAAGAAUUCGAUUUUGACCCAAUGAUGAAUCUUCUCAUUUUAAGUCCUGGAAAAAUUCUGGUCUUUUUGUAUGUUGGUGAAAAUCUCUUUGAGCCUUCCGAGGGUUUUCUUCUUAACCUUAUGCCCAGAGAAAAGGCCUGUGCUUCCUAUUCUAUUGUUUGGGUGCCUAGGUAUAGGCACACUUUAUACGUGGUUGCCCAAGAAAAUAGUCAAGAAGGACUGCAGCUAAAUCACGAGGACCUGCCCCAGCCACAUUGGAAAAAUAUUCCUGGCACAGAUUUGGUCUAUGCUCUUUUGCCUCUUGAUGGAAGAAGUGAUUACUAUUCCAUCUACAACCCUGGAUGUGGUUUUGGUAUAGGCAUAAUUGGCAUGGCAGAGAUGAACACAUAUGGGGCGUUUGGAGUUUGCUUGGAUGAAGUAUACAAUCUCUGUGGGUUUGAAUGUUCUGAUGAGCUACUGUGUCGGGAUUCCGCAUGUAUGUCCCCCGAGAUUCAAACCUGCAUGGCCUGGGGAAGAACUCAUAUGCGAACAUUCCAGGGAACCUACCAUUUUCAGUCGGGUGACUGCCCCCUCACGUUUCUUGCUUCUCGAGGAGAGGACUCAAAUUUUGUCUCAUUCGAUUUGGAGCGAAGGGCUGACUACCAAUUCACAGUAAAGCUCGAGGUGUUUGAGACGAGGCUGGAGAUUUCUGCUGAAAGUCCGAACACCGCACUGGUUAAUGGAGAGCUGACGUAUACCCCAAUAGUCCUUGAGCACGGAAAACUAAACAUAAUUACUGUUGGCUUGUAUAUUUCUGUGAAGACUUCCUUUGGGUUGCAUGUCAUCCUUGGCGAUCUUGGCUUUGUCCACAUUCAGAUACCUCGUCUCUAUUCUGGAAUGCUAUCUGGCCUCUGUGCCAACCAGAACCCCACAGAACGGUCCACCUUUAAUCAACACAAUCCUCUGCCUGGGAUAACAGGGGACACCAACCUAAACUGCAACUCUGGCAACUUGAUAAGUCCCAAACUUUGUGAGACCCAAGAUAUGUCCACGUAUCUCACUUUGUGUUACCAAAUGGUGACUUCAAAGAUAUUUCAAGCUUGCCAUUCCGCCCUGGAUCCAGAACCUUUUGUUGAGGCCUGUAAGUUUGAGGUCUGUGCGACGGGCAACGUUUGCUCAGGUCUCGGUGCCUAUGCGUUGGCUUGUGACAUUGAAAGGGUGGACAUGACUGGGUGGAGAAGUCUCGCUGGAUGUGAUUACGCAUGCCCACCAAACUCGUAUCACUCCAUGUGUGCUCUUGGUUGUCCAGCUAUUUGUGGCUUCAACGUUUCUCUGGUCUGUCCACUCGCCUGUGAAGAAGAUUGUGUCUGUAAUCCAGGCUACGUCUUGGGUGAUGGCGGCUGUAUUCUGGAAGGAGAAUGUGGGUGUUAUGUUGGUGGUCAGUUCCUGAAUAAUGGAGAAGUCUUCUACGAGGAUGGCUGCCGGGUUGCCUGCACUUGCAUGCAUGGAGACGUGGCAUGUGAAAAUCACAGCUGCGCUGCCGGUGAAGAGUGCCAGAUUAUCGGGGGCAUUACCGCAUGUUAUCCGAAGCCAAUCGGUUGUUGGGUAUUUGGAGAAGAACACCAUACUUUUGAUGGCGCCUCCUUCAUGGUCCAUGGAGAAUGUUGGUACACCAUGGUGACGACAGAGUGCGCUUCCGGCAAUAAUACGGAUCUCGACAUUGAGUUUCAAUUGAACAGCAACAUGCUCAGGAAUAUAUCAUCUUUUCCAAAUAUCAGGCUGAAGAUCCAUGGGCGUACAAUAAUUAUACAAGAAUACAGCGAUGGCAUUGAGGUUGAUGGCAUCAUGUACCCAUUGCCGAUUAAUUUGGAAAAUGGGAUAAGGGUUUCGGGAAACUAUUUUGGAAGAAAUCCUUUCAUUCGGAUAAAGGCAGAUCCAGGUCUAAACCUAAUGGCUAGUCUUUCGAAGUUCUGGGUUAACUUGCCGCCAACUUACGAUGGAAAUGUCUGUGGCCUAUGUGGUAAUGCUAAUGGAAAUGCCAGUGAUGACACUGAAGGCCGGAGCCCCCAGGAUUUCCUGGCUAAUUGGAUCUCCCAUCGUGGCAACAGUUUGUGUGGAGCUAGCCCAGAUACCUUUAAUAGUGAUGUGGAGCCCUUCAACCUGACAGAUAGUUAUGUGGGCCUUGACAAUAUAACGGCAAGGGACCUGGACCCCUCCAACUUCACAGCUGGUGAUGUGGACACCUCCAACCUAACGGCCAGUGAUCUGAACCCCUCCAACUUCACAGGUGGUGAUGUGGACACCUCCAACCUGAUGGCCAGUGAUCUGAACCCCUCCAACUUCACAGGUGGUGAUGUGGACACCUCCAACCUGACGGCCAGUGAUCUGAACCCCUCCAAUCUGACAAAUGGGGUUGUGGACCUGUACAAUCUGACAGCAUCAUGUGAUGUGAUUGUAAUGGCCAACGGGGCUUUUCAGAACUGCCAUGAUGUAUUAAAUCCAAUCUGGUUUUUCCACACCUGUCUAAAUUAUGUGAUUGGUGGCCUUGUGGAGUGGGUGUGCUCGACUAUAAAGGAUUAUGCCUUUGAGUGCCAAACAAUUGGUGUCACCGUGUACAAGUGGGAAAAUGAGACAGUCUGUGACCACCUUGGGACCUAACUCAAAAAUGAAGAAAACAUUUUUUUUUUUUUUUUUUUUGAGUGUUUAGUUCACUUUGUAAUAAAACAUUUCAUGGAAAGUCAAAA